AACCGCGGCGGGCAGUCCUCGGUCCUCCAUCAUCGCAACAUUUUGUAAAGGUUUGGACGCCGGACGACGCCUGGUGCUUCCAUAAAACAAGACAAUGUAGCAUAUUUGUUUUUGCGGACGUCGUGUAACCGCUUGGGACUUAACGACGUUUUUGGUCACAUUUUGUUUACCCGGCGUCCUAGACAACCGACUCAAACUGGCGGAAAUGGACGAACAAAGCGUGGAGAGCAUCGCCGAGGUGUUCCGCUGCUUCAUCUGCAUGGAGAAGCUGAGGGACGCUCGCCUCUGCCCGCACUGCUCCAAGCUCUGCUGCUUCAGCUGCAUACGACGCUGGCUGACCGAGCAGAGAGCUCAGUGUCCGCACUGUCGGGCGCCACUCCAGCUGAGGGAGCUGGUAAACUGCCGCUGGGCCGAGGAAGUGACGCAACAGCUGGACACGCUGCAACUCUGCAGCCUCACCAAGCACGAGGACAACGACAAAGACAAAUGUGAGAACCACCACGAGAAGCUGAGCGUCUUCUGUUGGACGUGUAAGAAAUGCAUCUGCCACCAGUGCGCUCUGUGGGGCGGCAUGCACGGCGGGCACACCUUCAAGCCGCUGGUGGAGAUCUACGAGCAGCACGUGACCAAAGUGAAGGAGGAGGUGGCCAAGCUGCGGCGACGCCUCAUGGAGCUCAUCAGCCUGGUGCAGGAAGUGGAAAGGAACGUGGAGGCCGUCCGGGGAGCGAAGGACGAGCGGGUCCGCGAGAUCCGGAACGCGGUGGAGAUGAUGAUCGCUCGUCUGGACAACCAGCUCAAGAACAAACUCAUCACGCUCAUGGGCCAGAAGACGUCCUUGACCCAGGAGACGGAGCUGCUGGAGUCUAUCCUGCAGGAGGUGGAGCAUCAGCGUGUGUGUGUGUGUGUGUGUGUGUGUGUGUGUGCGUCGCAGCUCCACUCAUGCAGUAAGAGCGAGCUGAUCUCCAAGAGUCCAGAGAUCCUGCUCAUGUUCCAGCAGGUCCACAGGAAGCCCAUGCAGUCCUUUGUCACCACACCGGUGCCACCCGACUUCACCAGCGAGCUGGUUCCGGCCUACGACUCGAGCACUUUUGUUUUGGUCAACUUCAGCACUUUGAGGCAGCGGGCCGACCCGGUCUACAGCCCUCCUCUCCAGAUAUCUGGACUCUGUUGGAGGCUCAAAGUCUACCCGGAUGGUAACGGUGUGGUUCGUGGAAACUACCUGUCUGUGUUCUUGGAGCUUUCUGCCGGACUCCCUGAAACGUCAAAGUACGAGUACCGCGUGGAGAUGGUCCACCAGACCUCUAGCGACCCGAGCAAGAACAUCAUCCGCGAGUUUGCCUCCGACUUCGAGGUGGGCGAGUGUUGGGGUUACAACCGCUUCUUCAGGCUGGACCUCCUGGCCAGCGAGGGCUACCUGAACAUGCAGACGGACACGCUGGUGCUCCGAUACCAGGUACGCUCGCCCACUUUCUUCCAGAAGUGCAGAGACCAGUACUGGUACAUCAGCCAGCUGGAAUCGGCUCAGAGCGGCUACAUCCAGCAGAUCAACAACCUCAAAGAGCGGUUAGCCAUCGAGCUGUUCCGCCACCGCUCGUCGCGCAGCUCCUCGCCCCCUGACCUGAGGCUGGCGGCGGGGAGCGCGACCUCGGAACGAGACCCUCGCACCGUCAAGAGCGACGGCGACAUUCAGACCACGCUGAGCGACGCCAAAAAGGCCGCCGCCGACGACUACGAGCGAACCGUGCACGACGACUCUAACGAGCUCUCCGACGGUGACCUGGAGGUGGACUGUCUCACCGAGGAGGAGGCCAACCCGCUGGAUGGCAGCAGCACCUCGGGGAGCUCCACGGCCACCAGCAACACCGAGGAGAACGACAUCGAUGAAGAAACCAUGUCGGGCGAGAACGACGUGGACUUCAUUGGGAACCUGGACACCGAGGAAGGAGAGCUUCCCGAUGACUCGGAUGGAGCCUCUGGUGGUCCCAGCUCCUGUCUGCACUCAGCCCUUCGCAGCUCCGCAAUUGGCCGCGGUGCCAGCGGAGGAGGCGGAGCUUCCGCUGUCGGCGGCAGCAGCCUCCUGGACCUCGACCCGGUCAUUCUGAUCCAGCUGCUAGAUCUGAAGGAGCAUAACAAUAUGGAGUCCCUGUGGGGUCUUCAGCCUCGCCCCCCGGUGUCCCUCCUCCACAGCCAAGCUGGCUUAUCCUCCAGGAAAGAACGAGAGCGCCGUCCACAGGUGGUGCGCCGCUCCGUCCCGGACUCGGCGGUCCUCAUCCGCCUGAAGGCGCAGAUGGCCGAGGUGCGCAGCAAGAUGUCCGACGCGAAGAGCCAGGUGCUGGAGCCCCACGCGGCCGGCGAUUCCAGGCCGGGACCGUCGGGGAUCUUCGGCGCCGAGGAAGUGGCCUCGCACCACACCGACCCGCAGCCGGCGGACGGAUCCAAGCCCGGCGAGCUGGUGGUGCUCGGGAGGGCGGCCGCCGUUCGAUCGCGACAGUGUCGCACCGGAAGGAAAUCCCUGCAGUCCAUCCUGGAAAGCAGCAACCUCUCGGUGGGUCGGCAGAGGAGUGUGGAGCAGACGGAGAAAGACGCGAGAGGAGCGGACGCAGCCACGGAACUCGGCCUGCAUCUCAAAGAGGCCGCUGACGGAGGAGUGAAGGUGGCGGACAGUGCUCAGGUCUCAGCAGAGCAGGCCUCCUGCAAGCAGCAGCUCUAUGCGCCAUCAGGGUCCAGGGACGACAUCUUCUCCUUGGUGGGAUCCAGCUACAUGGCGGCUGGAAAGAUCUGUGGCACUAGGACCCUGGGGGCAGCCAUGUUGGACUCUGAAUCGGAAAGCUCAGGAAACUCCCAUCAUUCCUUGCUAGAGGGACCCUCUUCACAGCUGCAGCCCAGUGAAGGCCAGUAUGCCUCAGACCCAGCACCAUCCAUCCUGGCGGCUGCGGCAGCGACGAGCAGCGAGAGCGACACCGAGGACGAGGACGCGCUGCACGGCACCAACUCUCGCUAUGACAACCAGACUCCGCCCUGCACAGGUAACCACUGGCCAUACAAUGAGGUCAAAUACAAGAGGUGCCUAACAUUCUGCUAAUCAUACUAAUAACAAUAGUGUAUUAUUAUUAUAGCAGUUUCUGCACUGCAUCACAAUGAUAUUUUGGUUACCAUCUUGAGCGGUACAAAAUAUUAGUGAACAGUUCUUCAAAAAAGAGGCUUCAAACUAUUACAGUGAUCCCUCGCUUUUUGUGGUUAAUGGGGACCAGAACCCCGCCCCCCAGGAAUUUUCAUGUAUGUGGGUACCAGAAUGUUUAAAAUAUGUAAACAGUAUUUAUACUUUACAUAUUUGAGACAAAGAUUACAACAGUACAUGUAUUUACUUAACUCUUUAAUAAUAAAACCUUAUACAGCAAUGAACAUUCCUCAACAUUGCCUCCUGAGAGAGGCGAAGAGGCUUGCGUUGGUGGCGGAGGAGAGGCUCUCACUUGACUCGUAGAGGCUUUAGGUUCACUGGGAGACUCUUCUGCUGGAGGCGCUGAUGGUGUAGCACAUAACCCCCGUCUCUCAUUACGCGGAGUUAGUUACCCUCCGUCUCGCUUCCUUAUUGAAGCAGUUUUGCGGAUGUUUCCUUCCAGGUGGCCAAGGCAAGCACAACAGCGAGGGCAAGCCAAUGUCCAUUGCGGGCUGCUGGUGGCAUAGUUAUUUUUCUUUGUUUUUGUCCCUGCAGGCGAGUCGUUGUCCGAAGACAUGACUGACAGGUGAGGGGACCCCGCCCCGCCCCUCAAAACUGAAACUGCCUCUUAUAUCCACAAACAUUUCUAAGGCUAUUUUCCGCAAUUGCCAACGUAGAACAGUAAAUAUUGUUCCACUCGACUGCAUGAUUUCAAUGAACACUAAGGAAAGUCAACAUUCUUUUUUUUUUUUUCCCCCCCCCCCCCAUUCAUCACGUUAAAGAUCUUUAAUACAAAACGUCAUAUCAAAUCCAAGAACAUCGUUGCCAUAGAAACUGUCUUCCAUUGCAUCAACAAGCUUAACAAAAUUUGUUGACAUUUCUCAUUUUGUUGCUUUUUGCUGCUCUGAAACGGCCGCCGGAGGGAAAAUGAAGAGUUGAACAACAUUUGGGCUGCUUAAAACAAACAAACAGCUUUUUCCGCACUUUACAAGCGUCCAAUCCCUUUUUCUGCACUGAGCCAUAUUUGAUUCUUUAAAGACCUUUUCCUCACAUAGGACCGAGUGGUGAGAAUGUGUCGUAAGCGGUACGUGUGCACACUAUUCAAAAGUUCUCUCAAUUCAGUGGUUUUUGUUUGUACCUGAGCCAAGUGAACAAUGACAUCCCCUUAAACUAAAAAUUGUUGUUGUUUUGAAUGUUUCCACAAUGCACUGAUCCUUGUUUGACAUGUACCUUUUUGUUUUUCCACGUAAUAAAAGUCAUGUUUUAUCAUCAA